AUGGCGCACCACGCUGAAGAUCACAGCUACCACCCCAAGGAUGCUAUUUCGGCAGCAUUGAAGGCCACUACCCUCACUGGUGGGGCUGGUCUUUUUGCAUCAGCUGUGCAGAACACGCUCGUCAAGCGGAAUGUCGGACCACUGGGCGUGUUCAUGCGCAGCGGGGGAACCAUCGGUAUCUUCGCGGCCAUGGGUGGUACCUAUGAAUUCGUCAAGACCGCUUCGGCCAACCUACGAGAGCAGGAGGAUCACUGGAACGUUGCUCUGGGUGGCUUCUUCUCUGGUACCAUUCUUGGUCUCCGAGUCCGCACAUUCCCCGCCUUGCUGGGUUACGGGGUUGCGCUGUCGACUGCCAUGACUGCCUUUGAGUACACGGGUGGAUCACUCUUUGGAUACAAGAAAGACACGUCGGUGGAUGAGUUUGAGCGUCGACAGCAGCUGCGGAAGGCGUACCAGAGCCCCGCCGAGCAGACCCUGGCUGAAUUGGGUGAAGGCCGCGGGCUCUUCGGCCAGAACUAUGAAGAACGCCGCCGGGAGCGCAUCAAGGAAGCUUAUGGUGUCGAGGUUCCUACAUCGCCUGUGCCUGCAUCAUAA